GAAUCUAACUAGAUCGGAUUCUACCCUCUCGCCGCCCUUUCUACCCUACACGCCUCUCGCCUCUCGCCUCGCCUCUCGCCUCUCGCCGCCGCCUCCGCCGCCGCACUUGGAACCAUCGAAAUGUCGUGGCGUGGUUCGAUGACGAGAAUAUUGCUCGCUGCCGCACGUUCCUCGUCCUCUCGGCCUCUUCCUGCCACCUCCCCCCUCCAACGACGCCGGUUCUCCGCUGCCUCUCCCCGAUCCAUGGAGGAAAUCGGGUGCGCGCAAUCGUUCCUUCCGCUUUACAGCGCGAUGGCCACCCCUCGACUCUCCUCCCACCGGUCGGCCAGCGCCGCGAGAGCAUGCUGUGAGCUCUCACAGGGUACCUUCCGUCGCACUGGUCAAGAUCGGUAGCUAGUCAUCUCGAUGCUCAAGCGGGAACUGGGAAGAACAUGCAAUUGAGAUUUGAUUGGGGAAAAAUGGAAAAGAUGGUUGAUACAAGAGAUGGAGCGGCAUUCUGUACUUAAGGAUCUAGGAUCAGCUUCCUUUCAUAGAUAAGGAUUUUGCCGAUACGAAUCGCAAUCGCAUAGAACGUGCCAUUUACUGGAAGACCAGGAGGAACUACAACUGCUUCCUGCUUAUUGUUGAAUAAGUGAACUUUUUCCCAUUCCAAAAGUCUAAAGGCCAUCGAAAGUCUUGUUGGAUUGUUUUGUGAAUUGCGAAUAUAUUUUCAUUCAACUGCCAUAGUGUGUUUCCAACAUCAAUCACAAGCACCUUUAAGAUUUCUCCUUUUAUAUA